CUUCCGACCGGCGCACGGCAACAAAGACAGACGGCGGGGCCCCGGGCCUCCAGAGCAGUUCCAGUGCCACUGCCGGUGACGAUGGCGACGGCUCGCGGAAUCGGGGUUGGGUUGGUGGCUGCGCAGGCAACGGCAGCAGAAAUGACAACAGCAGAAGCAACAGCAGCGGUGGGGGUGGGGGUGUGUCGGAGCCAGGGAAACCCUCAGCAGUGAGGGCGGCUGAGGUGGCGGGGUGCAGCAUGCAUGAGAUUGGUGCUGGAUCCGCAGCUGUUGUUGCUGGCAGCGGCAGUGCCGGCGCUGCUGGUGACAGAGGUAAUGCUGCUGCAGGUGGCGGCUGCGGAAGCGGGGGGUGUGCGGGGGAGCUAAGAGUGGAGUCACGCAGCGCCUCGCUGAGGUGGCAGCACUCGCGCAACAUGCAGCCGCAGCGGAGCAUCCUAAAGAAGGACUCGCUGCCCCAUGCGCCGCACCCGCCCCCCUGCGCCUUACAGCGUCUGUCCCAGGACACCCCCUCGUCGCACAACGGCCUUACCGUCCUUACUCCCACCUCCACCGGCCUUACCCCCACCACCUGCACCGCCAUGACUGCUACAACCACCACCUCAACCACCUCCGCGCCCGCCAAAUGCUGGACAACCGAUGUGAAGGACCUCUCAUGGCCGGGUACACCGGAGCCCCCCAGUAGGGCACCCUCCGCAAGCGCCGGUCGCUGCAGCGACUCCCAACAAACACAGCAGCAGCAGCAGCCGAUGCAGCAGCAGCAUGAGGGGGGUGCAGAGGCGGAGGUUGAAGGCGUGGAGGGUGACGUGGUGGUGUUUGCAGAGGUGGAGGAGGAGGAAGGAGGAGGUGGAAAAGCACCGGGAAGGGCGGAAGCGGAGGAGCAGUGUCCUGUAUUGCGCACGCAAGAGCUUCCCGAUGCAUCUUCAACCUGCACAAUGGAUAGUGACACGGGGCUGCCGUCAGCAGCUGCGCCCUGGCCCCCCCGAGCCGCCGUCAACCAAGCCCUCAGUUGCAGCCAGCGCUCCCGGAACAGCUCCGGAGCCGGUCGACACCGAGUCGGAAAGGCAGUGUCCUUUCAGUCAAACUUGGAGGAUUAUGACAGCAGCGUCGAGGUAAGGUCGACAGCGGCAGCAUUGGCGGUGGCGGCGGCGGCGAGCCCGGCAGCGGAGCCAUGCGCCCUGUACUGAUGUAAUGGGAUGAACGGGGGUGGUGCUUGGGGCGACUGGCUGCUUGGGAGGCUGGUGAAUAUGCGUCUUCUUCACCGCCUUCUUUCACCUGGGGGCUGCACGUAAUUGCUGCAUGCUGUUGCAUGCGUCGGUUGUAUGUGGCGAUGUUUUCGGAGAUGUUCCUGGGAUUACCCUUUUCUGUGGUUGCGUCUUGGGCGCAUGUUUACAUGGGGGGUAGUUGGUCGCAUACACAGAUCGGGCUAACGUGCAGGAUGAGGCACUUGGUUGAGGCUGAAGCGAGGCAACCUUAAGUUAUUUACGGUUAUUGGCUAUUCAUACAGACAUUUCGUUCCACAUGGGAUUCGCAAUAAAUUACAAGGCUAGGGCCCGUAGUCAGGACGACGCAGACCCGUGGGUCACUGUCACUGCGGCUGCCAUCGGCGAGAAGGUAAGCAUGCACGGAUUGAUUCAUGGCAAUUCACGUGGAUUUGUUGAUCGCAAUAAAUUGAUUGCCUGGAGUGUUGCAAGGACGGUCCGCAUGCAUGGGCAGGUGUCCUGGCCGCAAGGGCACGUGUGCACGUGCACGCAGCUGUCUUUCCUGCAGUAGAGUCAUUAACUCGUAAGUGUGCGUCUUAAAUGGAGGUGACCGACUACCGCUGCCGCGGCAGAGCAACAAGUUUAGGAAGUAAGGGACGAAUCCGUUUAAGAGGAGAAUUAGAAGAUGCCUAUUAUGCUGUGCAGUAGUAGACUUAAUCCCGUUAUUUAUCGGUUGGGGACCAAUGUCACGAAGUGUUUAUGUUUCCCUUCACGCCUUUCCGUGCUAACAUCAACUUCGAGUUUAAUUUCGGGUAUGUCCGCGGUAGUACCAUUUCUAGUGAUGAAGUGCUCAUUGUUGGAUGUCCACGCAAGUCCACCAACCCCGUGGAGGUAUAAGACGAGACACAAGCAAGCUGCUGUGGAUGCAAGAGUGAGCAAGCUACGAUAGACACGAGUGUUUUAUAAUUGUCAUGCAUGGGCGUUACCAAGUAUUGGAGCGACUACGGGUAUGCAGUGCUAAGCGCCUUGCUGCAAGUAAGCAUGGGCGUAAGAAUGUUAUGUAGUACGCUAGUCAAUAACCUAGCUAAU